UGAAGGGUUAAACUCUGUAAUAGGAUGAAUGGAGAUUGUGGUGAGCAGCAUCUGAUUACACAGACGCCAGUAGGCAUCGGAGCUGGGACGACACGAAUUAUCUACCAGCUGAAACUGCCUUUUAUUGUCUGCAGAAGAAGACAAACUCUAUCCUUUCUUUCUUUAAAUAAAACUCUGGAAAUACAAAGAAACUUUCUCACCGAGGAGAGCAGCUGAACUCAAAGAGGAGGGGAUCUGGAGGAGAGUUACUCGGCUGCAGGUCGGAGCUUCUCUGCGGAUAAAUGGCUGAGGGGGACCGACGGAUGACUGCGGAGUAAACUUACAACAUGUCGCAGUUUGUUGAGGCUUAAAAACACGGACUCACUGUGUUUAUUUACUCAUAUUCCCACGGAGAGACCCACCUGAGAGAGAAGAGGCGCUCAGACUGCAGCUCCUGGAGGAGUCUGGGUUCGGUUUGUUCCUCCAGGUUGGAGUGAAACAGGGAUCUUCCUCUCUCCGUCUGUCCCUCUGUGUCUCUCAGGCCCACGGAGACAAAGUGUCUUCUGUUUGGACGUCUGUCCAUCUCUGUUUUCGCCUCUGAUAAGUCUCUUUUCUAGCCGCCAUCAUUCGGUGCUGUAAGUCCGACCCCAACAUGUCUUCUAAUGGGGACCUCAGUGAGCUGGGCAGCUCAGACAGCUUCUGGGAGCCUGGAAACUACAAAAGAACAGUGAAGCGGAUAGACGAUGGUCACCGGCUGUGUAACGAGCUGGUCAGCUGUUUCCAGGAGAGAGCAAAGAUAGAGAAGAGUUACGCUCUGCAGCUCAGUGACUGGGCCAAGAAGUGGAGGGGCGUCGUGGAGAAAGGUCCUCAGUACGGUACUCUGGAGAAAGCGUGGCACGCCUUCAUGCAGGCGGCCGAUCGGCUCAGCGAGCUGCACCUGGAUCUGCGGCAGCGGCUGGCAGGCGAGGACAGCGAGAAGAUGCGAAACUGGCAGAAGGAUGCGUUCCACAAGCAGAUGAUGGGAGGCUUCAAGGAGACAAAGGAUGCAGACGACGGCUUCCGCAAAGCACAGAAACCCUGGGUCCGCAAACUGAAAGAGGUGGAUUCCAGUAAGAAGACCUACCAUCAGACCAGGAAGGAGGAGUGGACAGCAGUUACCAGAGAAACACACGCCAAGGCCGACCCAACCAAGUCACAGGAGGAAGUCCGCAAAUACACAACCCGGGUGGAGCGCUGCAACCAGGAAUCAGAAAAAGCGAAGGACCGCUACUCGAAGGCUCUGGAGGAGCUGAACCGCUGUAACCCUCGGUACAUGGAGGACAUGGAGCAGGUGUUCGACCUCACACAGGAGGCCGAGCGCAACAGGCUGCGCUUCUUUAAAGAGCUCCUGCUGGACAUCCACACACACCUCGAUCUAUCCUCCAAGGACGGGUUUAAAAGUCUGCACCGGGACCUGGGUCAGACCAUCCAGGGAGCCAAUGACACCGAAGAUCUCCGAUGGUGGAGGAACACCCACGGACCGGGCAUGAGCAUGAACUGGCCGCAGUUUGAGGAGUGGUCUCCGGACUCCAGUCGCUCCAUCAGCAGGAAGGAACGAGGCAGAGACUCCGAGGACAACGUGGUCACUCUCACCAACAUCGUCCCCUCAGGUGGAGACGACGCCCCGCCCAGUCCCAUCACCGUAGACACGGGCAGGGUGAAAGAUUACUCAUCAGACUGGUCAGACGAGGAGAUUCCUAAGAAGGUGCUGGCUGUGAAUGGCGUUGGGGAGGCGGGGGACGAGGAGGAGGAGGAGGAUCAGGUAGAGGGGGUGCGAGUACGAGCACUCUAUGAUUACGCAGGCCAGGAGGCCGAUGAGCUCAGCUUUAAAGCAGGCGAGGAGCUGCUGAAGAUGGGGGAGGAGGACGAGCAGGGCUGGUGUAAAGGACAGCUGAGCAGCGGCAAAGUCGGCCUUUAUCCCGCCAACUACGUCCAGCCUUCCCCCACCUGAUGUCCCGCCCCCUCUGUUCACCUAGCCAAUGGUACAAUGACACUCAAGAUGCCAGGACCAAUCAGAAGCUGUUAGUGCCGACACGUAGACACAGCCUCUGAAACCGAGAGGCUUCUGGUAUCUGACUCAAACUCGUCACAGAGUUCUUCAUUUCUUUUUUUUUUCUUGAGACCAGCCCGUGGAAAAGUCCACGUGACGUUUACUCAGUCUGAGGUCGACGACACUUUUGUUUGAAAGAAGCUUUACAGGCGGAGAGAAGUCUCUGGAGGCCUGCCAUCAUGAACUGACAGUGAAGUGUAGAAACACACGGACGUGACCCUCAACAGAGUCUCAACAAUACUUUUUGUUUUCCACUUACUUCUAUCCUUUUCUGUUACUAUAGAGUGAGAGGGCUUGUUUAAUUGAAAAUGACAAAGCCUGUGUGUCUGAGGGAUCAUCCACCAAGGCUGACUGUGAUUGGCUGAAACACACCUGUCAGUCAAAGAAGCACACCCCAAAAUAAUGGUGUUAAAAAUAAAUACUUUAGCAGCAUGUGAGUUUGCAUAUUUGCUUAAUUGCAGAGCUUGACGAUACUCUCAAAACCAGCAGGUUUUAAGCUUAGCUUAGCAUAGAGACCUGAAUUUUAAAAGAGUUUGUUCUUCCCAACAGACUUUCAUACAGUGAGGGAAUGACCAAUUAAAAAGAAAGCAUGUCAAACUUUGUGUUAACUGAUUGGAGGAUUUUGGGUUAAAUGCACGUCUGUUAAGUUCCUGCCGAUCCUGCAGCAUUUUCAGUUUUUGUUUUGUGUUGCAGACAGAUAUUGACCUGACAGACUCAGGAAAAAAUGACAAGCGGCAUCCAGUAACCAGCGUGGGCUGAUCCACCAGAUGGUCAGAGGAGGCAGUGUGGCGUUUCCUCUGCUCUCUGCUCAGCUGUAAGAGAACGAUUGACCAAAAAAGACAGAAAAAAAGAGACAAACUAUAAUUUCUACUUGAAGUGACUCCCAGGAUGCAUUUCAGUAUCACAAACAUAUAACUCUGAUUGCUAACGGCAGGUGGAAACUAAAGACCACAGUUACAUGCUAAGCUAAGCCAACCUGUUGUUUGAUGUAGGUUUUUAAAGAUGUAUCAGUCUUGUCAUCUCUUAAUGAAAAACCUAAUAUGUGUCAGUUUCAAAAAUGCAAGCUUUAGUUAUCUCAUCAUCAACUAAAUCAACUCAUUGCUCAAAAUGAACUUCUUCAAUGUAGAAUAAAUCAGAAUAGAGUUUAGUCAGCCUUUAUAUUGUAUCAUUUUCCUGUAUAGCAGCAUCUAGGGGACAUCAAAGGAACUGCAGCCUCUUCAUUCCCCCUCAGCUGUGGUUGUAGCUGAGAAACUCAUGAGGCUGAACUUAGUGCCUUAGUUGAGGCUGGAGAUAUCACAGCGGCCCCCUGCUGUCUGAUUAGGGAACUACAGCUGUCUGCAGGGACGCAGCCUGCUGAUCAACACCUUCACCUGCUGUUACCUGGAAUUUAAAAUCUGUACACUUUGAUUAUGCAUGCAGCACGUGAUUGGCUGUAAACCCCUUGAAGCCCCUCCCCCUCCACAUUCAGUGUAAAGACGGUCUGUUGGUUAUUUUGUAGAUGUUUAGGUGCAACACUGAAUUCACUUUCUCUCCUCUUUUUUAUUGAUAGUCGUUUCAUAAGUGAUCUGGUUUCUUUUAUGUAAACUGUUAAUACCUGUUACUUUAACAUUUUAUAAGUAGCAGUCAUCUUAUUUGCUUUCUAAUUUAUUUUCCUUUUUAAUUUAGUGAACUUCCUUUUAGAGCGGCUGAGGCAGAGAGAGUCAGCUUUUUUAUUUGAACCUGUGGAUGGUGGUGUGUUGCUGGUCUUGAAUAUGUGAUCAUAUUUUGUGGGAUUUGGGAUUUUUAUGUUAAAGUUUGUGGUUGUUUGAGGGAGUCGUCUCUGUCCUGCUGAUCAGAGCAUUACUAACAGCUGAGCUAACCAACGUAGACGUCCAAAUAACAGAUAACUAACGCGACUGUGCUGCUUCUUUGAUUCCUUCCUUUUCUUUACAGACAUGUAACGUGUACAGAACACAAAGUGGGAAGCAACAAUAAAUGGCUUUCUUCAUC